UUGGGCGGGGUGGAGCCUGGACGACUGGCGUCGCGGUGCGGGGCUGCAACCCUCCGGGAGGCGCGCGGCGCGGAGGGGGGCUCCGGGGCGGGCCGCGCGCAGACCCUCGGACCCUCUGACCCUCGGACAACAUGGUGCGUCCCCCGGGACGGGGGAGCGGGGCCACACCCUCGGGCGGCCCCGGCGAGGCACCCGGAGCCCCCACCGCGCCGGCCAAAAGGCGGGGGCAGUCAGGCCACGCUGUCUCUUUAAGACCGUGUUCCAGCUAACACCGACGGGCUCCUGGAGCAGUCGGUGAGAAUUAGAAGGCCAAGUUCCAGAGGGAGGAGAGUCCCCCCACCUGCCUUCAGCGCCCACAGGGCAUAGUCCUUCAUCAUCUCGAUGCAGAGGCCUCCAUGGCUCUGAUAAGCCUCGUGUUCCUGGCAGUCAUGUAUGUAGUUCACCACCCCCUGAUGGUCAGUGACCGGAUGGACCUAGACACACUAGCUAGAAGUCGGCAGCUGGAGAAGCGGAUGAGCGAGGAGAUGCGCCAGUUGGAGAUAGAGUUUGAAGAGAGAAAGCGAGCUGCUGAGCAGAAGCAGAAGGCAGAGAACUUCUGGAGAGGAGACACCUCCAGUGACCAGUUAGUGCUAGGGAAGAAAGACAUGGGGUGGCCAUUCCAGGCCAGUGGCCAGGAGGGGCCGCUGAGCUGGAUGCUGGGAAACCUGUGGAAUGCUGGCCUCUUUUGCCUUUUUCUCAUCUUUGAGCUCCUGCGACAGAACAUGCAGCAUGAGCCAGCCUUUGAUUCCAGCAGUGACGACGAGGAGGAGGAAGUCCGUGUUGUGCCUGUCACCUCCUACAACUGGCUCACUGACUUCCCCUCGCGGGAGGCCCUGGAUUCCUUUUACAAACACUACGUCCAGAAUGUCACCCGUGACCUGCCCUGCACCUGUGAGUUCGUGGAGAGCUUCGUGGAUGACCUCAUCGAGGCCUGUCGGGCGCUCAGCCGCCGGGAGGCUCAGCCACAGCUGGAGGACUGCCUGGGCAUCGGGGCGGCCUUUGAGAAAUGGGGAACCCUCCACGAGACCCAGAAAUUUGAUAUUCUGGUACCCAUCAUUCCUCCGCAGGGCACUAUGUUCGUGCUGGAGAUGAGGGAUCCGGCCCUCGGCUGCCGCUGCGGCUGUGUGCUCGUAGAGUCGGAAUGUGUGUGCAAGCGCGAGAAGCUUCUGGGGGACGUGCUGUGCCUGGUGCACCACCACAGGGAUCACUCGGCCAUCUUGAGCAAGUGCAGCAGCUCCAUCAAGGUGGCUCUGUGCACGGGCUCCCACCUGGACGUGUGCAAGACCAUACAGUGGUUCCGGAACAUGGUGGGCAAUGCCUGGGCCCUUGUGGCCCACAAGUAUGACUUCAAGCUCAGCCUCCCACCGUCCACCAACUCCUGCAAGCUCAGGCUGGACUACCGCUCAGGCCGCUUUCUCUCCAUCCGCCUGGUCCUGGGGGUCCAACGGGAAGACACCCUGGUCUAUCUGGUGAGUCAGGCUCCUGACCAGGAACCGCUCACCAGUGUGGACUGGCCCGAGUCCUUUGCAGCCUGUGAACACUUGUUCCUGAAGCUGGUCGGGCGUUUUGCUCCAGAGAACACCUGUCACCUCAAGUGCCUCCAGAUCAUCUUAAGUCUGCGGGACCUUCAGAGCUUACCUCAGGGAGCGUCCCGCCCGGUCCUUACCUCUUACCACUUCAAAACAGCCCUCAUGCACCUGCUGCUGCGGCUGCCUCUGACCGACUGGCAGCACAGCAUGCUGUCCCAGCGGCUGCAGGACAUCCUCUGGUUCCUCGGCCGGGGCCUCCAGCAAAGGUCCCUCCACCAUUUCCUCAUUGGCAACACCUUCCUGCCCCUGACCAUCCCGAUCCCCAAGACGUUUCGGAGUGCCGAGCCCGUCAAUCUCUUCCAGCACCUGGUGCUAAACCCCAUGGCACACUCGCAGGCAGUGGAAGAAUUCCACAACCUUCUGACCCAAGUGAAAAAGCUGCCCUGUGCCCCAUUGGCGGAGGCACAUUAAUGUAAAGGUCAUUAAAAGAGGGGAGAAGGUAUUUCUGAUUCCUCAGGCUGCCGAAGAGUUUAUUUUCCAGACGCAUCAGUGGUAUGUGUGACCUUCACCUUGCCUGUGGCUAUGAUAACUUUAAGGAGCACCUGAAGGGCUCAUCAGGAUGGGGUCCAACCUGUAGGGCCUAAUCUACGGUGUGUCUUCUGAGGUUUUCCUCUCCCGACUUUUAGUAUGACCUGAGGAGGGCCCAGGGAAACGGAUGUUACAGGACGAUCUUGUAGCUAGAGUUGAGACUAGACAGGGCCUGUGAGGUUGUGUUUUGUAUCAACACUGGAAGUGAAAAAGAGAACCAGAGAAUACCUCCAUUCCAGCUUAUUUCUUUUUGUGAGCGACUCUCAGCACAUUCCUUGUAAACUGGUUUCCUUGUUGAAUUGUUGGCUUAAGUCACCUCCGAGCAGAUAGCGCUCCAUCUUAUUCUAAGUACCGUGAAGGUAACUUCUCGUAUGUUAGGAUCUAAUUUUUCAGACCUUCUGUGUUUGAAGAUAUACCCAGAAUGCUUAUUUUCCAUUUCUCAAUUUAGCCCUAUUUUCGUAUAAUAUAUGAAAUAGAACAUAAUAUAGCUGUUUUUAUGCACCUGAAAGAAAACUCCAAUACUAUCCAAACAAUUAGCAUUGAUUCACAAACAUAUUAAGUCAAUGGUGAUCUGUUUCAUAAUUGAAAUAACAUAUUUACUAAAAUUAAUAAAAUAGCUAGCAUCUAACGAGCUUCUCAUGCCUGGAAGCAACAUUGUAAAACCCUUAAUGAGGACAAUCUUUGAGGGGCGGUUUCUGAGAUGAACGACAACUGUUUCUAAAGGAAGCCACUUGUUUGUCAAAUGAAAAGAAGGUUUAGCCACCACGUGUAACUGUGCUUUUUCAACUCAGUCUGUUAAUGCCUCUGUAUUCUCUUUUCAAAGAUGACAAAGGGAUUUUUUUUUUUUUGAACUGUUUGUGGUUUUGCAAAGUGGGGUCAUCACAAUCGAGGCUCGUUGCCAGGGUUGGACAGGAAGGGACUGUAGAGCAGUCCAGCUCUAACACUAGUGAUUCUGGAGAUAGGAGUGGUGGAUUUUGCCCUUCUUUCAAAAUCCUGGGCAUGCUGAUGUGGAGGCUUAAGAAAGUGACGAGAGUUGUAGGUGUGGUUGUUUGGUUGUUUUGGAGAUAACAAUGCUGUUCCUGCCCUGCAUACCAGGAAGAUCUGGGGAGGAGAACCUGGCCCCACAUUUAACUCAAGUCGCAAGGGGGUUUAGGUGCUGGUCUUGUGGGCUUUGGUUGUAUCCACACCCUCCCCACAGCAAAAAUAAAUGACAAAUUUAUGUCCCCGGAGUUGAUGCCGAUAAAUAUUUGAGACCCCGCACUGCAUAGUAACGGUUGUAUUCCCAUGUUGUCUGCUGAUAUCUGCCAGGUACUGCUUUCAAGAUGCUGUGAUGGUUGGUUCCACCCUGUGGGGUUUUGAUGUUUUAUAAACACCCAUAUUCUUUCUUUCUGUUUAGAAAAUAGCUUGCUGGUGUUUUCAUUCCAAAUCAAUAAAGGAAGCUAUUUUGUG